AGUAAAAAUAAUAUUAAAUUAUGUAACUAAGUUUUCAUUAUAGAGUUAUCUAUGUCAAUUUUGUGUUAUAUAGAUUUGACACUAAUCCGACAUUUUAAUAUUCGUAUUAUCGGAUCGUGUCAUAUAUGUAUUCUUGCCAAGAAAUGAUGAAUUAUAAUCCACUAACUUCGUGUACCGUUCGAGUCGUAUUAUCAUGUCGUGUUACAAAUUCUAUCCUUAAUUCAUGGUGAGAUUCAUUAAACUAAUACAAUUAAAUUAAUUAUUACAUUUCUUGUAUGUCUAGUUUGAUAUAACUGUCACAAUAUUUAUAAAUUAUAUACUUAUUUAUUUUUUUACCUAUUUGAUGGACUAUUAUUGUCCGCGAGAUUCUUGGGGAAAUCUUGGUAGCGUAUGCAAAAUGAUAAAAUCAUGAUCCUUCUGUGUUUUUUUUUUUUUAAAAUCAUUUUAUCAUUUGUUUUUAAAAACUUACAGUACUCGCAUGAUUUUCUGAUUUGUUUCGUGUCAUUUCAAUACCUUUUUCCAUACCAAUAAUUUUUUUUUAAAAUAAUUUAUAUAUAAACAAUCCUUCAAGUUACCAAAGUACUUCCAAUUAUUCUGAAGACGUUCCAAGAAAAAUAAUAACAUAAAUUUUGUUUUAUUUGGGUGAAUAGAGCCCCUAGUUUUUGGAUAAAUAUAUAGACUUAUUUUUAAAAUUUGGUUAAAAAUUAUUUUUUAAUCUAUUUUGAGUCACAUCACCUUUUUACUUUUUUAAACCUUUUUUCUUAAUUUAAAAAAGUCAAAAAAUCAACUUUUAACUUACUUCUCAAAACAAGCCAUAAUUUACUAAAAGUGUGGGCACACACAAACAAAUCAUGAGAAAUAAUUUCACAAUUAGAUCUAAAAGGGUUAUUGUAACAAUUAAAAUAAAAAAAAAUGUUUUAAGACACCUAAUUUAUUAUUUCUAAAAAAAUCAUUUCUAAUGACGUGUCUAACAAGUGUCAAAUUUUAAUUUAUCAAACAUUUCAUCAUGUGAAAUUUAGCUUCAAUACCACGUCAUUAGGGGUCAUUUAGAAGUAAUAAAUUAGAGGGGACAUAGUAUUGUUAAUUAAAAUAAGGAUAAUUAAAUGAGUAAUGUCGGAAAGAAAAAAAAAGUGUGUCAUAUACUUUAUAUAAUAGUAUAGAUAGAUAUACAAAAAAAUAUUAUGCUUACACAAAAUUUAUACCCAAAAAAAAAAAAAAAUCACAAGAAUAAUGUAACAAUAUUAUUCUUGUAAAUAAAAAUGAAACAAAUGUUUACAUUCAACCACAUUAUUCUACAUAAAAAAAUAAAAUAAAACAAGUCUAAAUUUUAUGUUUAUAUCAUUAUAUAUAUAUGCAAUACAUGCAGAGAACACAUAGUUCUCCUCCAGAGCCGAACUCUGAAACCCACAGUGAGGGACAACGAGGACGACCUCCAAGCUUGUCGGUCCAUGACCAUUUUCCAUUGAUGUCGAAAGUCAACUCACAAGAAGUCAUAACUUGCAAAGGUAAGCAACCUCCUUCCUUCCUUCGUCUGUAUGUCUUUUAACUUGGUUUCUCUCUCAACAACACACAUACAAAUAUCCACCUACUAGCUAAAAGCCUAAUUCAUAACAUUCAGGUUCAAGUCCACCACAAUAUCUGCGACCUCUCUCUCUCUCUCUCUCUCUUGCACAAACACAGAUUUAAUGGAUUCUAAUCCGUGAACAUAAUCUUGAAGUUCCAUCGCCACAACUUCUCUCUGUAUCCGAUGGAUCAUAUCUAGUAUUUUUAGUAUUAUAUACAUAUAUAUGUAUAUAUUAUCAUAUAAAUAUCAUGCAAUCUACAUAUUAAUACUUUUUUAACAUUUUCUUUUGGUAUUGUAUAUAUAUAUAUAUAUAUGUGUGUGUGUGUGUGUGUGAGUGUGUGUGUGGCAGCGGUGGUGUGUUGGGCAGCAGGAGAGGCAGUGAAGGUGGAAGAGAUACACGUGGAUCCCCCUAAAUCAUAUGAAGUUAGAUUUAAAAUGCUAUGUGCCAGUCUCUGCCACACCGAUAUCCUAUGCUGCAAUGGCUUUCCAGUCGUUAGUACACACUACCACUUCCUUCUAAUUAAUGCUCUGUAAAUUUUCCACACAUUUCCCCAUUAUCUCGGCUGAUCAUCCCAUUUUCCCUUUCCUUUUCCAGCCUUUGUUCCCUCGAGUUCUCGGACAUGAGGGUGUUGGGUAAACCCUCUCUCUCUCUCUCCCUCUAAAGAAAUUACAACUAUUGACAUGUAGUAGUAGUAGUGAUGGUGGUAUGUGAACUAUUAAAUUUGAAUGCACGCAUUAUAGUAGAGAGCAUUGGGGAAGGAGUGAGAGGUAAAAGGAGAUAUGGUGGUCCCCACAUUCGUAGCGGAGUGUGGAAAAUGCAAGAAUUGUAGGUCGGGAAAGACAAACUUAUGCCUGACCUACCCUCUAUCAGCGUCUUUCACUGGACUGUUUCCUGAUGGCAGCUCAAGGAUGUCCACCAAUGGAGGUCAACGACUCUACCACUUCCUGAGCUGCUCCACAUGGUCUGAGUACACUGUCAUUAAUAUCCACUACAUUGUCAAGAUUGGUCCGAGGAUAGCUCUGCCACACGCUAGCUUCAUUUCCUGCGGCUUUUCAACUGGAUUUGGAGCAACAUGGAAAGAAGCCAAGGUUGAAAAGGGUUCUACUGUCGCUGUUUUGGGUCUUGGCGCUGUUGGACUCGGAGUGAUAGCAGGGGCUCAGACGCAAGGAGCGGGCAGAAUAAUUGGAGUGGACACAAACAAGAAAAAACGCGAAAAGGGAGUGGCCUUUGGAAUGACUGAUUUCAUAAAUCCCAGGGGUGGGGAUAGCAAUAUUACUUGGGGCAGGAACUCAUAUAAGUGCAGAAAUCAACUUCAUGCCCCUCCUUUCGGGCAGGGCGAUGAAGUAUUCUGUUUUUGGUGGGAUAAAAGUUCAGUCCGAUCUCCCUGUAAUAGUUGGCAAAUGCAUAAACAAGGUAUGUACGUAUGUAAUACAUUCCUGUUUAGUGUUUAUUACCAGUGUUGUGUCACUUACAUAUUGAACAAGUCUUUAAUUUGCCAAGUAACUCAAAUUACUAUAAUUCACUGGUUGAUCCAGAUAUACAGGUUUGUUGAAUCUAACUGAAUGAUAACUUUAUCAGUUAAUGAAAAAAAUUAACACUUUGUUUAGAUACACAAGAGGACGAGUAGAGGAAAAUAUAGUAGAAUAUGAGGGGAAGGAACAGAAGGAGAAGGGAAGAGAGUGAAGAUGUCACUCUUCUUGUUUGGUUAGACAACAACUAACCAUGGAAAAGAAAGAGUGAUCUGCACUUCCUCUUGAUUAUUAGAGAAAAAAGGUGCUCACAUUGUGAGUCCACUUUCCUCUCACAACCCAUAUUCCCUUCUUGAAAACAAUCCAAACAUGCCAGGGUUCAAAUUCUAUAGCUAUCAAAAAUAAUUUUUCAAUGACCUAUUGAGAAGAGAAAAAAAAAAACCGAAUGUUUUUUCGUUUUGUUUUUUCCUUGCAGGAAAUCGAUAAUAUGGAUGAGCUCUUGACUCAUGAAGUUCAACUGGAAGAUAUAAGCAGCGUAUUUGAGGUGUUGAAGAAACCAGACGGUGUUAAAGUUCUGAUCAACUUUUAAUUAAUCUCAGCCAGAACUCCUAGUAUGUGUGUCAGCUACAGUAAUAAGCUUGACCACUAUAUAUGUAUGUAGUCAGCAGCACCUUUGGAUUGACUACUUUUAUGCAGCAGCUGCAUAAAUUCGAAUAUGCUAAAGAUUCCAUAUUAAAUAUAUACUAUAUUGUUUUUU